CUUGUCUUUGUUGCCGGGAUUUGGAAAACAUGUUGCUGUACCGUUGUGGAAAGGAGAGCUCCAAUCCCGGUAUUUGAGGGUAAUGAACAACGGGAAAAAAAUCAACAAUUUCAAGAUAUGUCCGAAAGAGUACUCGUGGUUUUGGAAUGUCGUUAAUGCGUCCGGACUCGAAACUCUGCGGCGGACAAAUUACAAUCACACCGAUUGGGGUCUGUUGACGGCAUUUGCAGAGCGAUGGCAUCCUGAGACCGGAACUUUCCAUCUUCCUAUUGGUGAGAUGACUAUAACCUUGGACGACGUGUCCUCAUUGCUUCAUAUUCCGAUUACCGGAAAAAUGCUCGACCACAACGGAACGUCAUGUACAAAGGAAGAUGGUGAAGAGAUGUGCGUAGAGUAUCUGAACUUCCCUAUUAGUAAGUGCAAGAAAGAGUUUCAAAAAAUGAAAGGAGCACAUAUAGGGUUUAAGGCGUUGAAGGAUUUGUAUCUCGAUAAUUUGAAGGAUGCCUUGAAAGCUGAAAGGUUAAAGAAGCCUGCUGAAGAUGUGGAAUUCCUCAGGGAAUGCACCAUUAGAUGCUAUUUGCUCUACUUGAUCGGUGCAACCAUUUUCACCAACAAAAGUAUGCAGUACGUGGACGUCAUUUUUCUUACCUACUUGCGAGACCUCAGUUUAGUUAACACGUGGAAUUGGGGUGCUUCUGGGCUGGCAUAUCUGUACAACUACUUGGAUGCUGCAAGCCGCCCGAGAUGUGGAAAUCAUGGUGGUUAUAACUGUCUAUUUCAGGCCUGGAUUAUGGCGCAUUUCAAAACUUUUGGUGGACGUUUUGUUGAUGAGAGAUACACCCACGACAAUCCCUAUGCGGCAAGAUUUUUGCCUUUAAAAGGACCAAAAUUUCCAGGGCAGCAUAGGUCCGCAUUGGAUACAAUGCGCAUGGAUGAAGUGGUGUUUUGCCCAUAUGAGGAGCACCGGCAAACCAGACCCUUUCAAGAUAUCAGUUGGUACACUGGUUGGAUUAUGUGUGGAAGUGCUAUUAUCAAUCCACACUUGCCAGAACGUGUCCUCCGACAAUUUGGACAUGUCCAGUCUAUCCCUAGGCACCCUGAUGUAUCUGCAAAGGCUGGUAUGAAUCGGUUUACGAUUGCUGAUGCAUUUGCUUCCUACCUGACUGCCAACUAUGUGACAGAGGAGAUGCGAGGACCAAAAGUUGUGCGUGCAUUUGAUACCGUACCCGGAUACAUUCCAUGGUUAUACCGUGUUUCUCAUCCGAAGAUAUUGCCACCGGUUGAAGCGGAUCCACCAACACAUGCUAACCUUGAGGAGGACAACGUGAGUGGUGAAUGCGACGUGUCUGAAGUGACUAAGAAGGUUCGAGCGGAUUUGAGGAAAGCGCUCGAUGGUCAACUCAAUUUGGCCGAUGCUUUGGUGGUUAUUGAAAAAGCCUACACUGAUUUGGAGCCUGUAGAUGCAUAUUUGGUGCGACGGAAGAGGAAAAGAGACUCGGGUGAAGGAACAAAGAAGAGGAAGAAGAAGAAGAAGACAACAACUGAAGAUGCCGGAACAAGCAGCUUGUAGUUUUUUAUUUUUUGUUUUCGCUAUGUUUUAUUUUUUUUUAAAUCCUGCCGUGUACAAUGGAACAACUUGUCCGUAUAAUUUCGUUUUGCUUGGGAUGUAUGAACAUGGAUUUAUAUUGAAUGCGGUUUCCAUUUAAUUUGUUUUUUUAUUGGAUUUGGAUUGGAAUGUAUGAAUUUCAUUUGAAAUACGAUUAUAUCCGAACAGGUGAUUUCGCGUGGAUAUGAUCCCACGGGUGAUACAUAGUUUAAAGUCAUUUGUUGGGAAAAGAUAUAUUUCGGUAAAACUUUGCCGAAACAUACUAAAACAGUGAGCCAGACAAAAA